AUGCACAAGUACUAUAACCACAUUUUCCUAUCAGAAGGGGUGGAUCAAGGAGCGCUACAACAAAUUCUUCUUUCUAUUCAACCACAGGUGUUGGAGGAAAUGAAUGGCAAAUUAUGUGCAGCUCCUACAAAGGAGGAGAUUCAAACAGCUCUAUUUGCAAUGGCGCUUUUAAAGUCACCAGGUCUAGAUGGGCUUCCCCCUGCAUUUUUUCAGAAAUAUUGGGAUGUCACUCAGGAGGAUCUCUUUACUUUUGUUCAUGACUUUUUCACUAAGGGUCAAUUACCAUCUAAAUUGAAGGUUGCCACUAAAAUAAUGGCAAAUCGCCUCAAGGAAGUCAUGGAUUUGCUAAUCUCUCCUACCCAAUCAGCUUUCAUUCCAAACAGAUCAAUUUCUGACAAUGUCUUCGUCGCUUAUGAGAUCUUCAAUUAUAUCAACCACAAGAAGAAGGGCAAGAAGCGUUUUUUGGCUUUGAAGCUAGACAUGAAGAAGGCGAAUGAUAGAGUUGAAUGGGUCUUUCUUGAGCAGUUCCUCCUUCAAUUCGGUUUUUCAACUCACUGGGUUCAAAUGGUCAUGUCCAGUCUUAAGUUUGUAUCAUAUAAGCUGAUCAUCAAUGGUGGCAUUCGAGAACGGUUAUACCAUCGAGGGGCCCUUAGCAGUAUUAUAUCAACCUCAGAAAGCAGUGGCCUUCUAAGAGGCAUUCAGGCAAGUGGGCAAGCAGUGAAUUUAAGAAAGUCCUCCCUCUCCUUUAGCCCCAACACACCACUCCGUUUUCGACAGUGGUUUUCCUGCAUUGUCAAAUUUUCUUGUGGUAAGAGCCCAUCCAUAUAUCUUGGCCUACCUACAGAAUUUGGAUUGUCAAAAUCUAUUCUAUUUAAGGAUAUUUCUAACAAAACAGGGAAGCAGCUAAGCAGUUGGAAGCAACAACUUCUUUCUUAUGCUGGUAAAGAGGUUAUGUUAAAGUCUAUUGUCUUCUCAAUGGCAAAUUAUGCCUGCUCACAUUUCAAACUCCCUUCCUCACAACAUGAUUGUCUUGGGAAAGCAGCAAUAAAUUUCUUUUGGGGUGAUGGUUCGGAUAAAAGGAAGAUUCAUUGGAUCUCAUGGUUGAGGCUUUGCCAAUCCAAGGAGAAGGGUGGCUUGGGAUUUUGA